CGCCCCCCCUCACUCUCUCCCAGACGGAAGCCGGCGGGGUCCGGGCAGGUUCGGGGAGAGCGCCGUCCAGGAUGAGCGACUCCACUGUAAAGGUGGCGGUACGGAUCCGGCCCAUGAACCGAAGGGAAGUGGACCUUCAGACAAAAUGUGUAGUGGAUGUAGAAAACAAUCAGAUCGUCCUGUACCCGUCCAAUGCCAGCCUUUCCAAGGGGGAUGCCCGGAGCCAGCCAAAGGUAUUCGCCUACGACCAUUGUUUCUGGUCCAUGGAUGAGUCCGUCAAAGAGAAGUUUGCAGGACAAGAUGUAGUCUUUCAGUGCCUUGGAGAGAACAUACUACAGAAUGCCUUUGAAGGCUACAACGCAUGUAUCUUUGCCUAUGGGCAGACUGGCUCUGGGAAGUCCUACACCAUGAUGGGCACAGCUGACCAGCCCGGGCUGAUCCCAAGACUAUGCAGCACUUUAUUUGAAAGGACACAGAAAGCGGAGAACGAAGAGCUGAGCUUUAAAGUGGAAGUCUCCUUUAUGGAAAUCUACAAUGAGAAAGUCCGGGAUCUCCUUGACCCAAAAGGAAGCCGCCAGUCUCUUAAAGUCAGAGAGCACAAAGUGUUGGGCCCAUACGUCGAUGGCCUAUCAAAGCUAGCCGUCACCAGUUACAAGGACAUUGAGUCUUUGAUGUCAGAAGGCAACAAAUCUCGCACAGUGGCGGCGACCAACAUGAAUGAAGAGAGCAGUCGAUCCCAUGCUGUCUUCAACAUUAUCCUUACUCACACGCUGGUCGAUGUCAAGUCCGGGACCUCAGGGGAGAAGGUGAGCAAGCUGAGCUUAGUAGAUUUGGCCGGGAGCGAAAGAGCCACAAAGACUGGAGCUGCCGGGGAACGUUUAAAGGAAGGGAGCAAUAUCAACAAGUCCCUCACCACCCUUGGCCUGGUUAUCUCAGCCUUGGCAGAUCAAGGGGCCGGCAAGAAUAAGAACAAGUUUGUUCCGUAUCGAGACUCCGUGUUAACAUGGCUGCUGAAAGACAGUCUGGGAGGGAACAGUAAAACAGCGAUGGUAGCCACGGUGAGCCCCGCUGCUGAUAACUAUGAUGAGACGCUCUCCACCCUGAGGUAUGCCGACCGAGCCAAGAACAUAGUCAACCAUGCCGUCGUCAAUGAGGACCCCAACGCCAGAAUAAUCCGGGAAUUGCGUGAGGAGGUGGAGAAACUGAGGGUUCAGCUUACCCAAGCCGAGUCUAUGAAGGCCCCAGAGUUAAAAGAACGUCUGCAGGAAUCUGAGAAGCUAAUUCAAGAGAUGACUGUGACUUGGGAAGAGAAGCUCAGAAUGACAGAGGACAUUGCCCAGGAGCGCCAGAAGCAGCUGGAAAGCCUUGGGAUUUCACUUCAGUCUUCUGGGAUCAAAGUGGGAGAUAAUAAGAGUUUCUUAGUCAAUUUAAAUGCAGAUCCAGCCCUCAACGAGCUCCUGGUGUACUACCUUAAGGAUCACACAUUAAUCGGGUCCCAUGACUCCCAGGACAUCCAGCUGUGUGGCUUGGGAAUUCUGCCUGAACACUGCAUUAUAGACAUCUCUCCGGAAGGGCAGGUUAUACUGACACCAAUGAAAAACACUAGGACCUAUGUGAACGGCUCCGCAGUCACUAAAGCAACACAGCUCCAGCACGGAGACCGAAUUCUCUGGGGGAACAAUCACUUCUUCAGGAUCAGCUUACCAAAGAAGAAGAAGGCCAAGCAAGAGGACGAGGAGCAGGACUCCAGCCUGAGGAACAGCAGCAGCUUUGAACAACUAGACUUGGAUGGAGAUAGUUCCAGUGAAGGCUCCAGCGAGGUCAACUUCAACUAUGAGUAUGCCCAGAUGGAAAUCAUGAUGAAAGCCCUUGGCAAUAAUGACCCCAUGCAGUCCAUCCUACAGAGCCUGGAGCAGCAGCAUGAGGAAGAGAAGCGUUCUGCCCUUGAGCGCCAGAGACUGAUGUAUGAGCACGAGUUGGACCAGCUGCGCCGUAGGCUUUCCCCGGAGAAGCAGCACUACCGCAGCAUGGACCGGUUCUCCUUUGGAUCUCCCAACGCUCAGCAGCGAAUCAGGCAGUGGACAGAAGAAAGAGAAGCAAUGCUGAAUCAGAGCCUCAGAAAGCUACGGGAGCAGAUAGCCAAAGCCAAUCUGCAUGUUCAGGAGGCCAAUUUCAUAGCAGAGGAGAUGGAUAAGAGGACAGAGUAUAAAGUGACACUUCAGAUUCCAGCCUCCAGUCUCAAUGCCAACAAAAAGCGAGGCGCAGUGCUGAGCGAGCCAGCCAUACAGGUGCGCAGGAAAGGGAAGGGCAAGCAAAUCUGGUCCUUGGAGAAGUUGGAAAACCGUUUGGUGGAUAUCCGAGACCUUUACCAGGAAUGGAAAGAAUGUGAUGAAGACGACCCAAUGAGCCGCUCCUAUUUCCGGCGAGCAGAUCCUUUCUAUGAUGAGCAUGAAAAUCACAGCCUGAUUGGUGUAGCCAACGUCUUCUUGGAGUCUCUUUUCCAUGAUGUAAAGCUUCAGUACGCAGUUCCUAUCAUCAACCAGAAGGGGGAGGUUGCAGGACGGUUACACGUGGAAGUGGUCCGCAUCAGCGGCGACAUCGAAGAUCGGAUAGCGGGAGGGGAAGAUGGAGCAGAUUUCUCCUUUGAGAAGGAGGCUCAGGAAAACAAGUUAGUCUGCAUGAUUAAAGUGCUCCAGGCCACAGGUUUGCCACAGCAUCUCACCAACUUUGUCUUCUGCCAUUACAUCUUCUGGGAUCAGCCAGAGCCCACUACUGUGGCCCCUGAAGUGGACACAGCACCCCCGGUCAUUAAGGGGACGGAGUGCAUGGUGGUUUUUGACCACUGCAAAGAGUUUGUGGUGAACAUUACAGAAGACUUCUUAGAAUAUCUUUCUGAGGGGGCCCUGGCCAUUGAGGUUUAUGGCCACAGACAGAGUGACCCACACAGGAAUCCGGCCCUUUGGGACUUAGGAAUAAUUCAAGCAAAGACCCGCAGCUUGCGAGAUAGGUGGAGUGAGGUCACCAGGAAGGUGGAAUUGUGGGUACAAAUUCUGGAACUUAAUGAGAAUGGGGAGUACUGUCCAGUGGAAGUGACGCCAGCCAAAGAUGUUCAAACAGGAGGAAUCUACCAGCUCAAACAGGGACAGUCUCGGCGCCUUCACAUAGAAGCACGGUCAGUUCAAGACUCAGGAACACUGCCCCUUAUUGAAGAUUCCAUUUUAUCUAUCUCCAUUGGCUGUGUGAAGAUAGUCAAUGCAAAGGCCAUUAAAGCCCAUGACUUCCACCAGGAUGCUCGAGAAGAUGUUGACAGCUACCAGGACCGAGAUCUGGAAAGACUGAGGAGGAAAUGGCUGAAUGCUCUCACCAAACGUCAGGAAUACUUAGAUCAACAACUGCAAAAACUGGUCAGCAAACAAGAUAAAUCAGAAGAUGAUGCAGACCGAGAGGCGCAGUUGCUAGAAAUGAGGCUUACGCUCACGGAAGAGAGGAAUGCCGUCAUGGUGCCCUCUGCUGGAAGUGGUAUUCCUGGUGCUCCUGCAAACUGGACCCCCGUCUCGGGAAUGGAGACCCACAUUCCGGUCAUUUUCUUAGAUCUUAAUGUGGAUGACUUCAGCUCUCAAGAUGACCUGGAUGGGUUGGAACCUGCAGGGUGGGACUCCACUCUCACGUCAGAAGAUGAGGGCGAGUUCUUCGACCUGCAGAUUGUAAAGCACCAUGAGAGUGAGGUCAAGGCAGAAGCCUCCUGGGACUGUACCGUCCAUAACUGCCCCCAGCUCAGUAAAGGUUCUGCCCCUGAGGACCGGGUGUUCCUGAUUGUCAGGGCAACUGUGCAGCUCAGCCACCCAGCAGAAAUGCAGAUUGUUCUGCGCAAGCGUAUUUGUGUCAAUGUGUAUAGCCGACAGGGGUUUGCUCAGAGUUUUCUAAGGCGAAUGUCUCAUCGAAGUAGUAUUUCCAGCUGUGGUGUCACCGUGGAAGUUGUCUCUAAUAUUCCAGAGGACUCUCAAGGGGCAGAAGAUCGGGAGGCCCUUGCCAGAAUGGCAGCAAACGUUGAAGAUACGGGAUCUGCGGAUUCGGAGGCGUAUAUUGAGAAGUACCUGCGCAGCGUGCUUGCCGUGGAGAACAUCCUCACAUUGGACCGUCUUCGCCAGGAAGUGGCUGUAAAAGAGCAAUUAACUGGGAAAGGGAAACUGCACAGAAAGAGCCUCAGCUCCCCAAACGUUCACCGGCUGUCUGGAAGCCGACAGGAUCUGGGUGGGCAGCAGAGCUUGGCUAGUAACAAGGGUCGUUGGGAAAGCCAACAGGACGUGUCACAAACCUCCCCUGUGCCCAGCAGGGCAGUCGUUUCAGGUCACUCCUCUCUCCCUAAAAUGGUGCCACAGUACCAACUGCAGGAAUCGGGUCUGGCAAACAUGGCAACCUCAUACCUGAGCCCUGUGAAAUCCUUAGUGCCCCAGAUGCCCAAGCUGCUUAAAUCCCUGUUUCCUCAGCGGGAUGAGAAAGGCCGGCAGUCCUCUCCGCUCAGCCAACAGACGGUGCCGCGGAUUAUGGUCCAGUCAGCCAGCGUUGAUGAGAACCCAGCUGUUCCUAAAAUGGUUCCCCUUGAGGAAUGGAAAAACGUCCGACCCCCAGUAAUUGCUCGCUCACCCGGCCAAGAGAAGAAGAUGGAAAGGGCUCCUGCCGUCCCUUCCCCACCAAAGGUCCCUGACCCUCCAGUACCAGAAACACAGGAAAGUCCUCCCAGUCCCCUCAGUGAAGCCUCCAGCGGGUACUUUUCCCACAGCGUUUCCACCGCUACCCUCUCUGAGGUUCUAAGCGCUGGCAAUGAGGUCCAGAUAAGUGUCCAUCCCCCAACUCCAACAGCUGCUGAUAGACACGCAGGGCCUCCUCCUACAAACCCUUCUGGUUCUGAUGUUCUGAACUUAGAAACUACUCAACCCGUGAACGGUUCUGUGUCCCAUGAAUUCAAACUAGAUGUCUCACAGGACCCCGAAAGGACUUCCAUUGCAAAAGGCCCCAAUAGCAAAGAGUUGGAUGAAGGACGAGGUGAUAGAACGGAACAUCGCAAACCCCUUCUGUCUGAAGCUUCUACAGAACCUCAUGGUGAAAAUACAGAAAGUCUUUCUCCAUCAGACAACGUGGAACAAACGGGUUCCGCCACAUCAACCAGUGAACAAGCGGAAGUGCAUAGAUCAUUGGCUACCACAGAACUGCCAUUGCCCACAAGUGAGGACAUCCAGAGAGCCACACCUUGUAAGCCAUUUUCUACUCCAGAACCUCUGUCCCAAACAAAAGGGGUGGUUUCUCCAUUCAAAAUACAGAAAGUAAGGACUUCCGAGCUAAAAUCCUUCACGCGUAUGCUUGGGGAUGAACUGGGGGAGGUGGGGAAACCAAGUGCCGCCGUCAAGUUGAAAGGAGUUGCGUUGGAUAAUACAGCGGACAAGCAAGAGGAGGUGUCGGACUCUGAUGAACCCCAGGAGGUCCCCGAGUGGCUAAAAGAAGGAGAAUAUGUAACUGUGGGUUCCAAUAAGAAUGGCAUUGUACGAUAUGUGGGUCCGGCAGACUUCCAGGAAGGAGUCUGGGUCGGGGUGGAACUUGAAACACCUGCUGGCAAAAACGAUGGGUCGGUUGGAGGCAAACACUACUUCAGGUGUAACCCGGGCUACGGUGUCUUGGUGAGGCCAAACCGCCUCAAGAAAGCGAGUGGCGCCGCCCGCAGGCGCAGUACAGGCUUACGCUUGCAGGGAGGGACUGUAACGGAGAGUCGGAAAGGCGCAAAUCUGUCGGGUUCAGCGGGAAACCUUGUGGCCCUCACUGCCCUCGCCAAGCCGGACAGAGCCGCGGCGCUAAAGGCCGACGAGAGGAACCAGAAGAAAAUGGAGAACAGGAAAUCAUGGGCCAACUGAGCCAUUUGCACAGCAGCAACAUGUAUCCUGGUAACCGGUCGCUAUGGGCGCUCAGUUCUACACAUUCCUUAUUGGGGUCUCUGUACGGAACCUGGGGGCCCUCCCGCCACUCCUUGGUGCCUUAUGAACUACCCCACCCUUGUUCCGCCUGCUUGAUUUAUUUGCACUAAUGACUGCACCCGGGGGAGGAGCCUCACUCUCACCAAUCACAACACAAGGGCUGUUCAUUCACUAGGGGGGGUAACUGCUAACUAUAAAUCAACGGUUUGGGGCAAGAGGGGCAAAUUCCAAGCUUUUAGCAUCGUAUUAACACUAAAGAGAGGAUACGGUCACGGAAUUGAUGUUUAUUUUAGGAAAAACAGCCACGCCCGGCCAUUUGUGGCACCAGAGCGGUUCUGAUGGGCUCUGCUUGCCCUUGGGGCUGGGUGCAACUGGGUAUUACUGGGUGCAACUGGGUAUUACUGGGUGCAACUGGGUAUUACUGGGUGCAACUGGGUGCCCUCGGCUGGCAACGUCCACUCUUCUAUUCAUUUAUCCUCCCAGUUCGGAUCCCUCUUUCCCCUGCGGAACCCUUGUAUUUAUAUUAUUUAUGUUUAUAGGAUAUUUGGGAAACAAUAUAUAUAUAUAUUUUAAUUUGGGGUUGGGGCUUUGCGGGUCACAAUCGUUCCUCUGAUCUAUUAACCCUUUCUGUACAGGACACAGUUGCCCCUCAGGGGGCACAAGCGGUAGGGUUGGUUUGUUGGGGGUGGGGCAAUAGCGACGGUCGGCCUUUCCUAUUGGCCUCCUGUAUUAAUUGCUACAAGUGCCGUGACCAUAUCCCGGACUCCUGCCUGGGGCUAAAGGGCAAUAAAUCUUAUUUCCCUCAUUCCCAUAGGUUCUUCCCUACUGUUCCUUUCCAGGGUACAAGGUGGGCUCUGCCUUUCCAUGUUUAACCCCUAUCAUUCCACGACACGGGGUGCAGAUCAAGUUGAUUCAAAUGCCCCCCAUAAGCACCAUUGGGCCACCAACCAUUCCCACACAGUAGCCAUUCCCCAAGGCUCCAUAGCCACAUGUUCCGUGCCCCAAGGGCAGCCUGUUGUGCUGCUGGGCUGUUCUGGUUCUGUACUGCCCUGGGCCCAUUCUGUAUAUAAGGUUUUGCCUGUAUUUUCUUUGCAGCCAUUGGGCCGGGGGAGCUCAGAAUGUUUCUAUAUCAUUUAUACGCGAGUGCCUUAAUCCAUUCCCAGGACCCGGGGGCCCAACUGAUGGGGGGGGGGGGUCAGUGUAUAGAAAUUCUGUUUAUUGGCCCAGACAAUGCAGGGGGUUUUACUUGUGCGUUUGUUUCAUAUCUAAUUGCCUAUUGGUUCAUAUCCUGAUGCAGGGUAAGUAGAGCCCACGCUUUUCUCCUGCCCCCAUAGAGAGCAGUGUCAGUGCCCCCCCCCCCCCCGUGCCAAGCUAGAACUACAACUCCCAGCAGUGCCGCUAAGCUGCAAGGAGGAUGCUGGGAUUUGUAGUCCUGGGCCCUUUAUCGCUGCAUUUACAGCAAACGGUUCUGUUGUGUUUCUGGGAAACAAACUUCUAUUGGCCCCGGCCCAGCGCUCCGUGUCUGGUUAUGGCAAUAACUGGUGUAAUAACAAAUGGGCAAACGUGGGGCAUAUAUCUAUAUCAGAUAUAGAGAAGCCAUUGCAUUAUAUGUUAUACUGCCCCCCCCCAUGGCUAAUUACAUCACUAAAUCACUGGCCCAUUGGCUGGGGGGGGGGGGUGAAUACUUGGCAGCUCCUCCCCUGUAAUGAGAAGCCUCUGCGCUUCCCCGGCCUCUAUUCCUCUCGCUGGGUUCAGGGGAGCUCUCUUAUUGGGGUGCAAGCAGGGGCAUCAGCCGUGGCCCCCAAGCAUUACAGGGCCCAGACAGCAGGGGGGCCAAUGGUAGAGCAGGGUUCCACUCCAUCCAUGGGUGCCUCCCAGUGGGUGCCCGUACCCCGCUCCUGGAACUGGGGGGUCCCUGGGUCCCAAUACUUUGUACAUAUUUAAUGCACUUUACUUACCACUAAAGCCUGGGGUUUGGGGCAAAACACUGACAUUCUGAGCAUCUCAUGGAAUCUAACUGUAUGUGAAUAUUUGUGUCAUUCGUUUGGAUUCACCAUAUACACACGCGUGUGUCUGUGUGUGUAUCCACAUGUGUGUGUGUGUCUGUGUGUCGGCUAUUAACCCUGUAUUGUCUGUAUCUCACACUGCCAAAACUCUCUUGUACUUAAAGGCAAAGGUGACUUUAUUUCACAGUGUUUCUAGGUCUUCCUCCCCCCUCCCUUCCCUCCUCCCCCCUCCCUUCCUUCCCCCCUCCCUUCCUCCUUUCCCCCCUCUCUUCCUCCCUCCCUCCUUUCCCCCUUCCCACCCCACCCCUGCCCUCCCUUCCUUCCUCCUUUUCCCCCCUCCCUUCCUCCCCCCUCCCUUCCCUCCUCCCUCCCUUCCUCCUUUCCCCCCUCCCUUCCUUCCCCCUCCCUUCCUCCCUUGCAUGGGUGCAGAAGAUUCCCCCGCUCUGCGUGGGUGGGAGCGUCACAGGAUUGGUUCAUGAUGUCACAUGUCCUUAUUUGGGUGGGGCAGUCCAGGACAUGAGAAAUGGGCGGGAUUUGGAACAGUUGAAGGCGUGCCUGGGGGGGUAUCAUUAAGAAACAUCCCUUUGGGCAUGCUGGGAGUUCUGCGCGGCUGCCAUAUUAGUUGCCCAUGGGGCUACGAGUGCAACGAGACUCCCUACACCCAAGUGCUUGUAGCCACCCUACUGGUUUUAAUGGGAUUUUAUAGUGAGUACAAUAUCACUGGCUCCAGAGUUGCCUUUAUCCGACCAAUCGUUUUGGUGCCUUUUCUACACUUUUCCUUUGUUUCUUUUCGCCUUUAUUCCCCGCACUGCCAUUGGCUCCUGUUCACCCCCCAGGGGUUAAUAAUUAUUUUUAUUAUCACCGUAAUUAAGUCCCGCCCAUUCUCACUAUUUGAUCACUGGUUUAUUUGGAGUUAAAGCAACAGGCACAUCGCACCGUCACAGGAUUCCGGGGCCCCACAUACGUCCAUUCCUUAUAGAGAAGCCACACCCUCUGUUGCUUAUCGUCCAAUCACUGAGCGGCUCUGUUUAACCACUAUUAUCCCCUAGCACUGCCACCCCCUCCUCUCUCACUGGUUAUUGAUAGGCCUUUCUAUCCACAGUGAACACGACCCACUCGCCUGUUAUUCGGGGGUGGGGCUUCCUGCACUUGUAUUUGGGGGCGGGGCUGUAUCAUUGCAUGAAUUUUAUUUGGUUUUGUUUUUUUUCCUAAUGAUAAAAACUUCAAACAAGUGAUUAUUGUACUGAAAGAAAAAAGCUCAAUUCCAAAGAGGCGGAGAAAUGAGAGGAGUUUUUAAUGAUUUUUUUAUUGUACAAAUACUAAAACUGCUGUAAUAUUGUAUCAUAUAAAUAUCCGGCUCAAUCAUGAAAAUAAUAAAUUUUUUUAAACAAU